CUUGUCUUGUUCGCGAAGAAGUAGAAGCAUCGAAAGGGUUGGAGAGGUGUUAUAGGAACAGUGGCGACACGGUGUUCCGGAAUCAGAGUGGGGCAUAAGUAAUCUUGCUGCUAUGCUUCCAAGCUGUAGUUCUGAAUCAACCUAAAUUUUAAACAGAAGGUGAACCUCUGAGCUAUGUUUAUUUUGUUGAAGACAGAAAAUCAGAUACACUUUAAAAGUCAGGAUGUGGGAUCAAGGAGGACAGCCUUGGCAGCAAUGGCCCUUGAAUCAACAACAGUGGAUGCAGUCAUUCCAGCACCAGCAGGAUCCAAGAAAAAAAAAUCUAAGAGAUUUGAUAGAGCACAGUUGUACAUUUAAAAGUUUUAGAUGUACAUUGUCAAGUUUAACUUCAUUUUCAUCAAAAGGCCAGAUUGACUGGGCUGCAUUGGCUCAAGCUUGGAUUGCCCAAAGAGAAGCUUCAGGACAGCAAAGCAUCGUAGAACAACCACCAGGAAUGAUGCCAAAUGGACAAGAUAUGUCUACAAUGGAGUCUGGUCCAAACAAUCAUGGGACUUUCCAAGGGGAUUCGAACUUUAACAGAAUGUGGCAACCAGAAUGGGGAAUGCAUCAGCAGCCCCCACAUCCCCCUCCAGAGCAGCCAUGGAUGCCACCAACACCAGGCCCAAUGGACAUUGUUCCUCCUUCCGAAGACAGCAACAGUCAGGACAGUGGGGAAUUUGCCCCUGACAACAGGCAUAUAUUUAACCAGAACAAUCACAACUUUGGUGGACCACCCGAUAAUUUUGCAGUGGGGCCAGUGAACCAGUUUGACUAUCAGCAUGGGGCUGCUUUUGGUCCACCGCAAGGUGGAUUUCAUCCUCCUUAUUGGCAACCAGGACCUCCAGGACCUCCGGCACCUCCCCAGAAUCGAAGAGAAAGACCAUCAUCGUUCAGGGAUCGGCAGCGCUCACCUAUUGCACUUCCUGUGAAGCAGGAGCCGCCACAAAUUGAUGCAGUAAAACGCAGGACUCUUCCAGCUUGGAUUCGAGAAGGUCUUGAAAAAAUGGAACGUGAAAAGCAGAAGAAGUUGGAGAAAGAAAGAAUGGAACAACAACGUUCACAAUUGUCCAAAAAAGAAAAGAAGGCUGCAGAAGAUGCUGAAGGAGGAGAUGGCCCUCGUUUACCUCAGAGAAGUAAAUUUGAUAGUGAUGAGGAAGAUGAAGACACUGAAAAUGUGGAGGCCACAAGCAGUGGAAAAGUCACCAGAAGUCCAUCUCCAGUUCCUCAAGAAGAUCAAAGUGAACCAGAAAUGACCGAAGAAGAGAAAGAGUAUCAAAUGAUGUUGCUGACAAAAAUGCUUCUGACUGAAAUUCUGCUGGAUGUCACAGAUGAAGAAAUUUAUUAUGUAGCCAAAGAUGCACACCGGAAAGCAACGAAAGCUCCUGCAAAACAGCUGGCACAGUCCAGUGCACUGGCUUCCCUCACUGGACUCGGUGGACUGGGUGGUUAUGGAUCAGGAGACAGUGAAGAUGAGAGGAGCGACCGAGGUUCUGAGUCAUCUGACACUGAUGAUGAGGAAUUACGGCACCGAAUCCGGCAAAAACAGGAAGCUUUUUGGAGAAAAGAAAAAGAACAGCAGCUGUUACAUGAUAAACAGAUGGAAGAAGAAAAGCAGCAAACAGAAAGGGUUACAAAAGAGAUGAAUGAAUUUAUCCAUAAAGAGCAAAAUAGUUUAUCACUACUAGAAGCAAGAGAAGCAGAUGGUGAUGUGGUUAAUGAAAAGAAAAGGACUCCAAAUGAAACUACAUCAGUUUUAGAACCAAAAAAAGAGCAUAAAGAAAAAGAGAAACAAGGAAGGAGUAGAUCAGGAAGUUCCAGUAGUGGUAGUUCGAGUAGCAAUAGCAGAAGUAGUAGUACUAGUAGUACUGUCUCUAGCUCUUCGUACAGUUCUAGCUCAGGUAGUAGUCGCACUUCUUCCCGAUCUUCUUCUCCUAAAAGAAAAAAGAGACAUAGUAGGAGUAGAUCGCCAACAAUUAAAGCUAGGCGUAGUAGGAGUAGAAGUUACUCUCGCAGAAUUAAAAUAGAGAGCAAUAGGGCUAGAGUAAAGAUUAGAGAUAGGAGGAGGUCUAAUAGAACUAGCAUUGAAAGAGAAAGACGAAGAAAUCGAAGUCCUUCCCGAGAGAGACGUAGAAGUAGAAGUCGCUCAAGGGAUAGGCGAACCAAUCGGUCCAGUCGCAGUAGGAGUCGAGAUAGGCGUAAAAUUGAUGAUCAACGUGGAAAUCUUAGUGGGAGCAGUCAUAAGCAUAAAGGUGAGGCUAAAGAACAAGAGAGGAAAAAAGAGAGGAGUCGAAGUAUAGAUAAAGAUAGGAAAAAGAAAGACAAAGAAAGGGAGCGUGAACAGGAUAAAAGAAAAGAGAAACAAAAAAGGGAAGAAAAAGAUUUUAAGUUCAGUAGUCAGGAUGAUAGGUUAAAAAGGAAACGAGAAAGUGAAAGAACAUUCUCUAGGAGUGGUUCUAUAUCUGUUAAAAUCAUAAGACAUGAUUCUAGACAGGAUAGUAAGAAAAGUACUACCAAAGACAGUAAAAAACAUUCAGGCUCUGAUUCUAGUGGAAGGAGCAGUUCUGAAUCUCCAGGAAGUAGCAAAGAAAAGAAGGCUAAGAAGCCUAAACAUAGUCGAUCGCGAUCCAUGGAGAAAUCUCAAAGGUCUGGUAAGAAGGCAAGCCGCAAACACAAGUCUAAGUCCCGAUCAAGAUCAACAACCCCUCCCCGUCGUAAACGCUGAGGAAUGAUGUGGCAAGAAUGCCAUGAUGUUUAAAAAAUUCCAUGAGUUUUAAGGGCUUGUCUCAUUAUAGAGGCACAUUGUGGCUGUGUAGGUGAAACCAGAAUUUUUUUUUUUUAAUCUGUAAAUAGGUGUAUUUUUUCCAAAUGCUGCUCCAAGUUACUUAAUAGGAUUUCUUUGUAUUACAUUUUUUCAAAAAAUAGUGCAUAAUAAGACUAUAAACAUGCCAUUCUCUUUCAGCUGUAAUGUUCUUAAAAUUAUUCUUGAAUGUACUGUGAUGUCAAUAAAGCUCUUUAGUUCAUUUUUGUUAA